AGGCGCAGCCCCAGCAAGGAAGCACAAGGGCCCUUUCACAGCAGCCCUCAGCAACUCCCAGGCCUCCGGCUAGAGGCGGAGCUCGUGCGCUUAGAGGAUGGAGCCACAGCGGCUGUGAGCCCAGCAGAGUAUUCUCCACAGACCAGUCUCAGAGGUGCCUGCCAACCUGCUCUCUGUCUGUUAAGAGAAGCCAGAGUGACUGAGGAUCGGCCCACCAGCAAGCUGUAGCCCCUGGAUAUUGCAAAGCCUACAGAGCCAGCCAGGUGCCCCAGAUUAGCAGAAGAGCCUGGUGUGACAGGAUGGAUGCGUCUCCUGAGCCCCAACAGAAGGGUGGGACACUGGUGCUGGUCCGACAGCAGCCCCCUGUGUCUCAGGGCUUGCUGGAAACACUGAAGGCCAGACUGAAGAGGAGCUGUACCUGCAGCAUGCCAUGUGCUCAGGCUCUGGUGCAGGGUCUGUUUCCUGCCAUACACUGGCUGCCCCAGUACCGCCUUAAGAAAUACCUAGCAGGUGAUGUUAUGUCAGGAUUGGUCAUUGGCAUUAUCCUGGUGCCACAGGCCAUAGCCUACUCACUGCUGGCUGGGUUGCAGCCCAUUUAUAGCCUCUAUACUUCCUUCUUUGCCAACCUUAUCUACUUCCUCAUGGGCACCUCCCGCCAUGUUAAUGUGGGCAUCUUCAGCCUGCUGUGUCUCAUGGUGGGUCAGGUGGUGGACCGAGAACUCCAGUUGGCUGGCUUUGACCCCUCCCAGGAUUCUCUAGGGCCCAGGAACAAUGACAGCACCCUCAACAACUCAGCUACAAUGCUGACAAUUGGGCUGCAGGACUGCGGACGGGACUGCUAUGCCAUUCGCAUUGCCACUGCCCUCACUCUGAUGGCCGGGCUCUAUCAGGUCCUCAUGGGUAUCCUCCGGCUAGGCUUCGUGUCUACCUAUCUGUCGCAACCACUGCUAGAUGGCUUUGCUAUGGGAGCUUCUGUGACCAUCUUGACUUCUCAGGCUAAACACCUGCUGGGUAUACGGAUCCCUCGGCACCAGGGCCUAGGCAUGGUGGUCCACACAUGGCUGAGCUUGCUGCAGAAUGUAGGACAGGCCAAUAUGUGUGAUGUGGUCACCAGUGCCAUGUGCCUAGGAGUGCUGCUGGCAGCUAAGGAACUCUCAGAUCGCUAUCGACACCGUCUGAAGGUGCCAGUACCCACAGAGCUACUAGUUAUUGUGGUGGCCACAAUUGUGUCCCAUUUUGGACAGCUCCAUACACGGUUUGGCUCGAGUGUGGCUGGCAACAUUCCCACUGGUUUUGUGGCCCCACAGGUACCAGACCCUAAGAUAAUGUGGCAUGUGGCCCUGGAUGCCAUGUCCCUGGCCCUCGUGGGCUCAGCCUUCUCCAUCUCCUUGGCAGAAAUGUUUGCCCGUAGUCAUGGCUACUCUGUCAGUGCCAACCAAGAGCUGCUAGCUGUGGGAUGCUGCAAUGUGCUGCCUGCCUUCUUCCACUGUUUUGCCACUAGUGCUGCUCUGUCCAAAACUCUGGUGAAGAUAGCCACUGGUUGCCAGACCCAGUUGUCCAGUGUGGUCAGUGCUGCUGUGGUGUUGCUGGUGCUGCUGGUGCUGGCUCCAUUGUUUCACGAUCUGCAGCGAUGUGUGCUAGCUUGUAUCAUUGUUGUCAGCCUGCGAGGGGCGCUGCGCAAGGUGAAGGAUCUCCCACAACUUUGGCGGCUAAGCCCCGCUGAUGCAUUAGUCUGGGUGGCUACUGCAGCUACCUGUGUGCUAGUCAGCACCGAGGCUGGACUAUUAGCUGGAGUGUUCUUCUCACUGCUCAGCCUGGCAGCACGCACACAACGUCCACGGGCUGCCCUUCUUGCUCGAAUUGGAGACUCGACCUUCUAUGAGGAUGCUGCUGAGUUUGAGGGCCUCUUGCCUCCACAUGAGGUACGAGUGUUCCGUUUCACAGGUCCACUCUACUAUGCCAACAAGGACUUCUUCCUUCGGUCUCUCUACAGACUCACAGGGUUGGAUGCAGGGCACUCAGCCACCAGGAAGGAUCAGGGCCCAGAGGUGGGUGUCAGUAACAGAGGUCUUGCUGACGGCAAGGAUCUGGGUUCAGUGAGCAGUGGGGCUGGGCUGGUGGUACCUCUGGCAUUUGGUUUCCACACAGUGGUCAUUGACUGCGCACCACUGCUGUUCCUGGAUGUGGCUGGCAUGGCCACAUUAAAGGAUCUGUGCAGAGACUACAGGGCCCUGGACAUCACUCUGCUUCUGGCUUGCUGCAAUCCCUCAGUGAGAAACACAUUGAGAAAAGGUGGUUUCCUUGGAGAAGACCAGGGAGCUGAAGAUGAGCUGCUGUUCCCCAGUGUACACAGUGCUGUGGAGGCGGCGUGUGCCCGCCGUGAGGAGCUGGCGGCUGCCGACUCUGCCUUCUAGCAGGGCUCCCAAGGGCCAAGACCUGUGUCCACAAGCCAGUGCUGAGCUCCUUGGCAGGAGUGGUAUGAAUGAUAAGUCAGUAGAGAUAUACCCUUGGACUAUCUUUGCCCUGGAAAAGCCAGGGAACUCCAACUAAGGAAAGGAAAGUACAGCGCCCAAACACACUCAAGGUCUCCAAACAGCCAGUGAUCAAGACUCUCCACCUCUGAGUCCACUGCCGCCCCCUGCUGCCUAUUCAACCAGGGCAGCUGCACCCACACACAGAAUCCCUCAGUCUACACAGUGCCCAUUUUGAUAUUCUGUGUUACCACCUUAUCUGAAACAGAGUCCUGCAAGACCUCCAAGAUGCCAAAAGGACACUUUCCCUUUCCCUCCCUGUACCACCAGGUAACCAAAUAUGAGCUGGAUAUGUGGCCAAAGCCUCAAGGGUCUGAAUUUCUGAAAGGCUUCCUCAUGCCUGGUGUUCAUCUUGAUUGGACCCUUGCAAAGGUAGCCACCUGCUCCAGAGCCACAGUUCCAAGUGUCACUGCCUAAGGCAAUGUGACUGAUAUAACUUCAACCUGACCUUCUGGCACAAUGUCUCUAUACUGAUAACCACAAUGUGGUACAAAGCCAGGCACAGUAGACACUAACCCCAGUCUGUACUUCUAAGAAAACCUCAGGAGGAAACCACCUGUGCUCCAUCCAGGGCCAAGCAGACAUUCCCCUUCUCUUCUGCCCAACAGGAUGGUCUAACAGGAAGUACAGCUCCAGCCCUGUACCCUACCAUGAUUUUCCCCACCCACAGCUCAGCACUGUGUCCCACAGCUGGCCCCAACAAGGUCAGAUCCACCACCUCAGCAUCUCUGUAAAACAAGCUCUGACCAGCAUCUCCCAGAGUACCCACUUCAGCAUCACCAACCUGGACUAGCAUCUCCCAGGGUACCCACUUCAGCAUCACCCACCUGGCUGUGAUGAGGUCCAGCAGCCAGUGUAUCCGGACCUGCUCAAUGCCACUGUGAGGUACGGCACCUAUGUAGGCAAGGUUCAGCUGCUGGUCCCAACUGAGGUCGUACUGGUCAGCCUGGUCGUGAGGCAGUGUGGGGCUACGGAUAGGAUAAAAUAGUGAAGUGUUUGUCCUAAGCAGGGGCCUGCAGCAUACCCGAUUUUAUACAUGUAUCACCUAACUGGAUGAACUGUGUGUCUCCAAAGUGUAUGAUAAAGUAACCCGUUCACCAGAA